UAUUCGACCGAACUGAAGAAGUUAUACUGCCAGAUCGCCAAGACAUGUCCCAUUCAGAUCAAAGUCCUCACCACUCCUCCCCAGGGUGCCGUGAUCAGAGCCAUGCCUGUUUACAAAAAAGCUGAACACGUGACCGAGGUGGUGAAACGCUGCCCGAACCACGAGCUCAGCCGCGAAUUCAACGACGGUCAGAUAGCGCCGCCGAGCCACCUGAUCCGCGUGGAGGGAAACAGCCACGCCCAGUACGUGGAGGACACCAUCACUGGGAGACAGAGCGUCCUGGUUCCUUAUGAGCCUCCCCAGGUGGGGACCGAAUUCACCACCAUUCUGUACAAUUUCAUGUGCAACUCGAGCUGCGUGGGCGGAAUGAACAGACGCCCGAUUCUCAUCAUCGUCACCCUGGAAACCAGAGACGGUCAGGUUUUAGGGCGCCGUUGCUUCGAAGCCAGGAUCUGCGCCUGCCCGGGCCGCGACCGCAAGGCCGACGAGGACAGCAUCCGGAAGCAGCACGUAACGGACGCCACAAAGAGCAGUGAGGCCUUCCGACAGGUUUCCCACGGCAUACAGAUGUCCGCCAUCAAGAAGAGAAGAUCCACAGAUGAGGAAGUUUUUUGUUUGCCUAUUAAAGGACGCGAAAUCUAUGAGAUUUUGGUAAAAAUCAAAGAGUCGCUGGAACUCAUGCAGUUCCUGCCGCAGCACACAAUAGAGUCAUACAGACAGCAGCAGCAGAACCUCCUGCAGAAACAGUGA